AAUUUGGAAAACAAAUACUACACUUGAAAAAUAUAGUUUCAACAAUCAAUCGUUUUAAUUAAAAAAAAAAAAAAUCCCCGCCCAGUUUAUACAAAAAAAUUUGCAGCUAUUUCUACAAAAAAAAAAUCCCAGUGAAGACCACCACCAAACCAUUGCGACUUUAUUUGCGCAUACUUAAAAAAAAAUAAAUAAAUAAACCCAAUUUCAAUGCAAUCCACCACCGAUAUAUGAUUUUCCUUUAAAAGCACCUAAAAAUAAAAUUGUGAAAAAUUACAGUUAGAGAAAUUUGAGAAAAAAUCCCAAACAAAUCCCAACAAAAAAUUAUUGCAUUUGGCAAAUUUAAAUCAAAAAAUUGUUUCGUGAACUAAAAAAUUUUAGAAGUGAAAUAAAGAACACCCCAAAAAAAAAUUUUUUUAAUUGUGUUUUGUAAAAGUGAAUUGGUUGAAUUGAUUUUAGUGAUUUGAAAAUUAAAACACAAAUUUGAAUUUCAAUCAUUAAUUUUGUAAAGUGAAAGUUAGGGGAAGAUUGUAAGAGAUCACCUUUAAAGGUUUUGUGAAUAAAACAAGUCCUUAUUGAAUACCACAUCAAUUGUCUACAAUGUUUCGCUUUUGGAUAAUCGUUUCCUGCCUUGGAUUAUUUACUCCAAAAUCAAUAGGACAUGCUGUCAGCAGGAGAUUAUUUGUUGUCGAAGGCCAUACGGAAGCUGAAGUGCAGUUGAAUGUGCCGCGAUAUGUUGAGCGUGGUACCAAUGCGACACUGGAGUGCUUACAUGACGUGGAUCCCAGCGUACUGUUUAAGGUCUCAUGGUUCAGAGAAGAAACAAAGUUCUUCGAAUAUGUCAAGGGACGAAAGCCACCAUUUAAAAAUUUCUCCAUGGAUGGAGCCACUAUCGAUCGAGACAAUUCGAAUGCUUCCCAAGUGACACUGACCAAUGUGGACUUCAAGUUGUCGGGACAAUUCCAUUGUGAGGUAUCGAUGACAUCACCCCUGUACACCAAGGCAUCUGGCGAGCACUUACUGAGCGUUUUUUUACCCCAAACAGGCCCACCGGUGAUAAGGUUUCGCAAACGAAGUCCAGUAGCUAUUGGUGAACGUCUUAUGGUACUUUGUAACACAACACGAGCUCGACCACCGCCGCACAUCACAUGGCUUAUCAAUAACAAGAAGGUUGAUGAUAAAUUUAUACGCACCCAUCAUGUCUAUUCGAUUAGUGGCAAAACUCAUCGUCCUCGACCUCCGGCAGAACAGGAAUUGGAAUUGUCAGGAGCAAAACAGAAGAAACAACAGCAUCAACAACAACAAAAACAUCAUUAUGAUACACAACCUCAACAGCAGCCCCAAUACUUUCAGCCACAAUACAGCGUUUAUCACCCAUAUCAUAUAAACGAUCGCUAUGACAAAAGUCGCUGGAGUGGCAGCAUGGGCCAUCACAAUCGAGGUGCGUCCAUUUUCAACAAUCCCUUCAGUUCCCUGACCAUCAUGCAUGACAUCGAUAUCGAUGACUACGAGAUCCAACAGCAACACCACGGAAACAGCAACUUUGACAAUAAACAUCACAUGGAGACUGUCAAAAAACACUUUGACGUCAAGAAGCACAGAAGUAACCGCAAAUAUCGUCACAUUAACGAAAAUGCUUUGGGAAUUAUACGGAGCACUUUGAACAGCGGUGGUUUUGGACCACAACCGGCUAAUAUCAACAAUGAACUGGGUAUACCUCCUAAUGCUGGACCCAUGAAUGCAUUUGCAGCCAGUUAUGGUGGACGACCACUGUCACAUCCAGGUGGUGGUAGUGGUGUUGCGGCUGCUGCAGCUGCCGUAACUGAGGCACAACAGGAGAAGGGUAUGUUUUCGGUUAGUCAACUGAAUAUUGAAUUGACGGAACAGCAUGUUGGUCCCAAUGGCAAAAUGGAGCUGACAUGUAUGGCUACCAUACCAUCAGCGGUGGGACCAGGCGAGGAUUUUGCAGAUUUUAAAACGUACACAAUUAAAGUGGAAGUGCAGCGAAUGGAAACGACAACCUUCUCAACAACCACACAAAGCAUAGGCAUGGCCGCACUGGGCAAUGGGGCGACACCAUCAUCGGCGACGUCACCGCACUACUCGAGAUAUCGUCUGCAUCAGCCAAUACAUUUACACAGUCUAUGGAUGCAACUGUGCCUGGCCAUUAUUUUUAUGCUCUGGCGAACAGUGGGAGUGCACUAAGGCCCAACGAGAGGAAAAGACGUGGAUGCAUUGUAAAAAUAAGCCCCCAAUAUUAAAGCCAAUAAUUAAAUUUGUAUGUACAUUUUUUUUUUGAAAAAGAUGAAUGGAGCCAAACGGAACCAAAAUAAAACACACUCACACACACACACACACGAAUAGACACUCACAGAAUCCCAGCAGCUGAAAAUCGAAAUGUAUUGGAAGAGUGAAUGGACAACGUUAAGCCUAAAAGUCUACAACGUUUACCCAUAUACAUAUAUAAAUGACCACCGAGUAAGAUGAUAUAUACAAACACACACACACACACACACCCAUACACAAGCAAACAAACAGAUAAGUAAGCAACAUGGAACAAAUAAACAAUUCAUCGCAGAUGCAAAGCAACCCAAACGUGUAUGUACUACAUAAGUAAAGGAUACGAAAACCAAAAAAAAAAAAGACAAACACAAUAUUUUUGCUUUUUUUACAUGGACAUUAAGUGCCAGCUUGAUGGGUAAGAACCAUGAUGAUCAUGCAGAUGAUGAUGUUAUAAAAUAAUAAAUAUAUGAAAUUAAUUAACCUUUAGGUUGAUAAAUGAGCAAAAGUAAACAGAGAGAGCCGAAAAUAUUAUACGAAAAGGGCAUUAUGGCAA